CCCGCUGAGGGAAGAAGAACGGCGCUCGGCACUUAGCAACCCGGCUAACGUGAGUCUCGCGGAGCGGCACUACCAAGAAAAACGACAACGUGUGAAGAAUGAAAGAUGUCGUGGGAUACCUCAGACAGCAGCAGAGCAAGAGCGCCGCGCCAGAAACGGCAGCGCAGUGGCACAAGUUAGAGGACUUGUACAGCAGAAAGCUGUGGCAUCAGCUGACCCUGAAGCUGACUGAUUUUGUCCAAGAGCCCUUCUUCUCCAAGGGGGACGCCAUCAUUCAGCUUUAUGACAACUUCAUCAGCGAUUUCGAACACAGAAUCAAUCCAUUGUCACUAGUGGAAAUUAUUCUCCAUGUCGUCAGACAAAUGCCAGAUCCAAAUACUGCCAUAACCUUUCUUGAAAAAACAAAAGAGAAGGUGAAGGCAAAUGAUGAAUCAGUCAUCCUGUGCAAAACCACAAUCGGAAGCCUCAAGCUAGACAUCGGUGAUCUUCCCACAACAAAAAAACUGAUUGAGGAGGUUGAGGUUCUGUUGAACACUCUGCCAGGUGUGACGUCUGUGCACGGCCGGUUCUACGACCUGUCCAGCAAAUAUUACCGCAUCAUUGGAAACCACGCACUCUACUACAGGGACGCACUCCGCUACCUGGGCUGUGUGGACGACAAAGUCAUGCCUGAGGCAGAACAGCAGGAGAGAGCCUUCACACUGGGAUUGGCUGGCCUGCUCGGAGAGGGCGUGUACAAUUUUGGAGAGCUGCUGAUGCAUCCAGUGUUGGAGUCCCUGAGGAACACAGAUAAACAGUGGCUUAUAGAGACCCUCUACGCCUUUAACUCAGGCAACGUUGAGAAGUUCCAGGCUCUGAAGUCUGUCUGGGGACAGCAGCCUGACCUCGCUGCACAGGAGCCAAGACUCACGCAGAAGAUCCAGCUACUGUGUGUUAUGGAGAUGACUUUCACCAGGCCAGCCAAUCACAGGCAGCUGACGUUCCAGGAAAUUGCUCAGAGCACCAAGGUCCCUGUAAAUGAGGUGGAGCUCCUGGUGAUGAAGGCUCUGUCUGUAGGCCUGAUCAAAGGGAGCAUUGAUGAGGUGGACCAGAGAGUGCAGAUGACCUGGGUGCAGCCUCGAGUGUUAGACCUUCUGCAGAUCAAGGGCAUGAAGGAUCGUCUGGACUUCUGGUGCGGAGACGUGAAGAGCAUGGCUGUGCUGGUGGAGCAGCAGGCACAGGACAUCCUCACAUAAACACACACACACAAUCUACUUUUUAGUAUUAGGGGAUCACCUAAGAUAUUUCAUUAAAGAGAUUUUCCAAGUU